UCACUUUUUCAUUUAUCCGUACGUUGACCUAACGAGAAAAAGGGGGAAAAUGGGUUCUUUCUUAUCAAGUUUGCUUUCAGGACCAGGACCAGAAGAUUCAUCGUCUUCAUCCGAGUCUUCAGGGGUCUUAACCUUCCAUUCAGCUCCGAGAUGGCAGCUUCACUUCAACUCUGUCAAAGAGACCCCAAAACUUAUGGUUAUAGAUUUCUCAGCUUCCUGGUGUGGACCGUGCAAGUUCAUGGAACCUGCUUUGAAUGACAUGGCUAAUAGGUUCACCGAUGUUGAGUUUGUGAAACUUGAUGUUGAUGAGCUGCCUGAUGUGGCACAAGAAUUCGGAGUGCAGGCAAUGCCGACUUUCGUGUUGUUGAAGAAGGGGAAGGAAGUGGAUAGGGUGGUUGGAGCUCAAAAGAAUGAGCUUGAGAAGAAAGUUGAUAAGCACAGGUCUUAAAUACCACCCUACAAGCUGCUAUUUGAACUUUCAGUUUGUACGUUUGCAUUAAUAAAUGCCAAAGGGAGUUUCCUGAAUUUGAUGAUGGUAAAAUAAUGCUUCAACUCUUUAUUGUGGAACAAUGAUUGUUUUAUAUAAUGUGAUUGAUAAUCUAUUGUCUAAUGCUUU